ACAGGCUGCGGAGGCGCACAAGCAGCGAGGACACGGAGAGGAAGAGCGGCUUUGCACCACUUUUUUUUUUAGUAAGACUGUAUUUAUUAUAAAAGCUCCGCAGUGCCCGCUGUUGCGCUGCACAGCGGCUCACACAGUAAAAGAAAAGAGAUGAAGAACGCCUUAAUGUUUGUAAGAAUACGUUGAAAGUCUGGAUUUAACACAACUCGGGGUUCUUUAUUUUGACGAUGCCGAUGAGCCAGUUUCUGCUUCGGAUAUACGUCCAAAACAAGUCUGAAGCCAGAGGAUGACGGCAGCCGAUCCUGUCUGCAGCCCCGCAUCCUCCCUCUCUUCCCAGUCAUCACCCGUUUGCCUCCCGGCAUGCCGCAGACACCUGAGGAGCGGCAAGGCCCUCCAGACCAAACUGCACCUGCGCUCUGCCCCAGGUGUGUGGCUCCUGCUGGGCGCCGUGGUGGUUUUGGUGGGGAUGGCUGUCGCGGUGGCGGGCUACGUGUCCGCAGCUCCGAAGCCCGUCGCGGCCGCCCGAGGCAGCACCCACGUUGAGAGGAUGAAGCUGGCCGGGCCCGUGGUCAUGGGAGUGGGCCUGUUCAUCUUCAUCUGUGCAGCCACGCUGUUGUACGAGAACCGGGACCUGGAAGUCCUCCGACGAGAGACACCGGAGGACCUUGAGGAUUUGAAGGGAGGAGACGGCUGGGAGGACUCGCAGGAGCUGCCCAGCUUCAGCUGUCAGGAUGGGGAGCAGGGAUCCUGGGCUGCUCCGACCCACGUACUCCCCCUCUCGGACCAGAACUGUGGUCCUCCUCUUCCUCCAUCUCACAGAAACACACACAACAUCAGCAGCAGGCCUUCACAGUCGCCUCCUUCGGAUGCAGGAGGUAGAGAUAGAGAGGAGGAGGAGGAGGAGGAGGAGAAGGAAGGAAGGGCAACUCUACUGGCCCAAGUUCUGCACCACCAGGAGCCAACCCCUCCCCCUCCCUCCCCCUGCCCGUCCGUCUCCCACUCCUCCGUCCGCUCAGACUCUUGCAACUCCAGUGAAAUAGACUUCAACAUACGGACAGGCUUUCCUCAACACUGAACGUCCCACCGGUUCAACUUCCACUGUCUCAUAAAAUAUGCAUGAUGAGAUUCAUUUGGAAGUUUCACGUGCAGACACACACUUAAGACGAGACUAUGCAUUCCUCAAUAAACAGAUGACAUGUUUCUCGGUUUUAGUGGCUCUGAGUCACUGUCUGUGAAGGGUGUUUUUGUCCCACAUCGGUCUCUGACUCACCCACGUUUGAAAGAUCGUGACUAUGAUGUUUGAUGUCAACUCGCCAUCUUGUUGUCUUUGAACUCACCCCUGCCAGAAAAAAUCCUAAACAGCCACUGCUCGGUUGACCAUAUUUGGACGUGAGGAGGGUUGCUGAAAACUUAUUUGGGUGCCGUACUGGGAGAUGGACACACUCACUCACUCCCUCCCUCUCUCUCUCACGCACACGCACACACACACACACACACACAGAUCGUUUACAUUUCCUUGCUGGAGAGGUUUGGUUAAGAGGAUGAGCCAGAUAAGGUCUUAAAUGCGUCUUUAUCUAAUCUCACACACACUGUUAUCUGCUCUUUAUCUGAGCAAAUUGUGUCUCGGUAUAAACAAGGGGAGCACACAAGGCCGCACUCCUCUCAUUCGACACCUACAGCCACGCUAUAAAUACCAGCUGCUGCUCUGUACACAUGCAAGAGUGGACUUGAGUUCCAGUGUUUUACUGUAAUUCAUUUGAUUUUUAAAUUCAGUGUCAGCUGUUCAGUUCCCUCCCUUCUCCCGAGUGGUGAGGCGAGAUCUUAAAGAAUUUUAAUCAGAUUGUGGAAAGAAAGAAAAGAGCAAUGACUGAAAAAAAAAAAAAAAAAUCUAAAUCUGGUGAGGCUGUUGUGAGUUAUUUCUGACGCAGCUUUAACUGAGAAAAGCGGUCCUAUGAGUCGUGUAACUGAAGCCUCACUCUCCCACCAUCCCGACCUUUCAUCUCCUCUCGCUUCAUCAUCUGAUUCCUACGCUUUAUUCAAAUACCCCCCCA